CGUCAGUCCCUUGUGACGCCGCAGCCAUGUUCGCCUAGAGGAAGGCGUUCAGUCUCCUCAGCAGAUGUGUUCCUCCAUAACUCAACCCUGGUUAGGAAAUUGAUUGUUUCGACACUAUUUAGGCAUUGAAUUUAUUUUUUUCAGACGGAUAUCAACGCUGUCUUUGUGUUUCGGAAGUGAAAAGCCGGUAGGAGAUCUGGUCUAGACAUCAUGGCCUCUCGCAAGAAGGUGCUGCUUAAGGUGAUCAUCCUUGGAGAUUCUGGGGUUGGAAAGACUUCUCUAAUGAACCAGUAUGUCAAUAACAAGUUUAGCAACCAGUACAAGGCCACGAUCGGCGCCGACUUUUUGACCAAAGAGGUGAUGGUGGACGACAGGCUGGUCACCAUGCAGAUUUGGGACACGGCCGGCCAGGAACGUUUUCAGUCUCUGGGCGUGGCGUUCUACAGGGGCGCCGACUGCUGCGUGCUGGUCUACGACGUCACUUCUCCAAACACCUUUAAGACUCUGGACAGCUGGAGGGAUGAGUUCCUGAUCCAAGCCAGCCCUCGCGACCCCGAGAACUUCCCAUUUGUCGUGCUCGGAAACAAGAUGGACUUGGAGAACAGACAGGUUACUACAAAACGAGCCCAGGCCUGGUGUCAAAGCAAGAACAACAUCCCGUAUUUUGAGACCAGCGCCAAAGAAGGGAUCAACGUGGACCAGGCGUUCCAAACCAUCGCUCGCAAUGCACUCAAACAGGAGAAUGCAGGGGACCCGAGCCCGGACUUUCCAGAACCGAUCAAGCUAAGAGACGAGAAACCUGCAAACCCGAACGAUAUCUGCAGCUGCUGAGGGACGGCAAAGAAACAAAAAGCUGAUUGCAAGAAGGGGGAAAGAGAUGACCACAAUCCAGCAGGGACUAAAACACGAUCGAAGCCUCCAACCCUGCCAUGUUUGUCUUCUCUUUCUCCUUCAAGACCUUCAAAAAUGUACAAUAGCGUUCCAUUUUCUCUUUCCGAAUCUCAAUGGCACCACUUUACGGAAACAGGAGAGAGAGCAAACGUUUUUCUUAGAGUAUAGCGUAUAUCCUUUAAAUAAAAAAAAUAAAUAAAUAAAAUAAAAAAAUAUAUAUAUAUUGCUCUCAGUAUCACUACUUUGUCCAAGACUGUCACUACGUUUUAUUUUUUUAUUUUUUUUGUUUUUUCCUUCCAAAAAAAAAAAGAUCAUUGUGCCUUUAGUCCUGCUUCAUUCCAUGUGUCUUAUGUAUUUCUGUGCUGAUCCUGCAUUUCCUGCUGUAUAAACUCCACCAGUGGUAACGACA